UCCAGGUCUGAAGCACCUGCAUGACAUGCAAGAACUCUGUGAUGCCACUCUGAUCGCGGGAGGGAAGAGGUUCCCUUGCAACAGAGCACUUUUGGCUUCCAUCAGCCCCUACUUCCAGGCUGUGUUCACCAGCGGCUUCAAGGAGUCCCAGGACGGGGAAGUUCUCCUGGAAGACAUGGACCCCUCCAUUCUCCAGAAUCUGCUGACCUACCUCUACUCGGGGGAGCUGGCUUUCAGCUCUGGAAGUGCGGAAGACCUGUUCGUGGCAGCAAGCCGGCUCCAGCUCACCCCAGCACUGACUCUCAUCAGCAGAUACCUGAUGGAGAGGAUUUCCCCAGAGAACUGUCUCCGCCUUUACAUGCUGGGCCACGACCACAACCACCCCCUCCUGCUGCACGGCACACUGCGCUACCUGGGCCUUCACUUUGACCUCCUCUUUGAGCACAAGGACUUCCUGCACCUGGACCGUGGGGCUCUGACCUGCAUCCUCUCCUCGGACCACCUGGCAGUGACCUCGGAAAUUGAGGUCUUCUGGGCCGUGCAACGCUGGGUGAGGGCCAAGCCCGCCGAGCGCCUCCCGGUGCUCAAGAUGCUGCUAAGAUGCAUACGCUUCCCACUCCUGACCCCGGUGGAAGUCGCCCAGGUACAGGCGGAGGCAGAGAUGCUCAAUCAGCAGCUGGAGCUGCAGUGGCAGGACCUGGAUGGAGCAGGAAGGCUUCAGGUGAGCGGGGGGCUCCGCCAGGGCAUGUACCAGGAGAGAAUCGUCUGCAUCAAAGUGCCCCGUCUGAGGGACAUCCUCUCUGUCAGCGAAGACAUGGACUGCUACAUGGAAUGCCUGGACCCUGCCACUGGCUCCAGGACGAAGCUGCCCCACUUGGAACUGGUGGCCCUCCCGGGCUGCUCCGUCCUGGAGCACAGGCUCUACAUCUCGGGGGGGAAACACGCUGAUGGCUCGUACUCCCGGGCACUGCACGAGUACAACACCCUGGCUGACUGCUGGACCCAGCUCCCAGCCAUGUCAACCCCCCGCUCUGUCCACAUGUUCUUGACUUGCAGGCAGAAGCUUUUUGCUCUGAGUGGCUGGAACGAUGCCGGGCCCCUGGCAUCUGCAGAGAGCUUUGACGUGGCCCAGAAGGUGUGGUCCCCCAUGGCCAGCCUGCCCAUCGUCCUGCGCUUUUCUGCCUCGGCGCCAUACAAAAACAAGCUCUAUUUAAUCGGUGGAGAUGCUGACUCCGAUGAGGUGGUUUACAAGGGCAUCCUCAUCUAUGACAUCCACCUGGACACCUGGGCACAGGUGCCACUCGAAUUUAGUCUCCAUGGGGCAGCCGCUGUCCCCAUAGAGGCUGGGAUCUGUGUCAUUGGGGGCUUCUUUUCAAGGAAGGUCACCCAACUGUACCCAAACCGGAGGUUCAGCCAACUUCUCCCCUGCACCUCGAAAUGCUUCUUCAUGCGGGAAGCUGGCAUCAUAAGCCAAGAGGUUACCAUCCCUCCCCUGCCCUUGCCUCUUGCCUUUGCUGGUGCCACUUCCUUCCAAGGGAAGAUUUACGUGAUUGGAGGCGUGUGUACCUCCAGGACCCAUGAUGCCAUCUACCACUGGGAGCCUGGAGAAACUGCCUGGACUCAGUACCCAGAGAACCUCACGGGCCAAGGAACCAUUGUGCGCAGAGUGCUCAAAUGUGUAACCCUGAAGGUCGCAAAGCCAAAGCUGAGCACCCUCAUGCAAGAUACCUCGGCAAGCCGGGUGGCUGUUGGGCUAGCAGACCCCGAACCCUCCCUGGAGAAGAGCAAGAAGGACCACUGUCCUAGUUCUCCUGGCCUGGCACCACAAGGUCCUUGACUGGUGGGAGGUUGUAGAAGCCGGAGACCACCCCUCCCAGGGAAGAGAUAUUUUCAGCUGAACUCCUCUAGUAUUUAACUCAUUAAAAGUCCAUGUGGCCUCUCACCGCCCUCACUUUCCGUGUCCUGC